AUGUGCCACUUUCGGGUCUCCUCACACUGCUGCCAGGUCCAUACUGAUUCAUGGCUCCCUGCCUCUGUAUGGCCUUCAAUUUAAGCUGCUUACGCUUCGCCACUCUGCCAUGGGCCCCUGUACCGCCUCCUCUUGCUGCUGCCAGGUCCAGAGUGUGUCAUGGGUCCCUGUACGGCCUCCCAUUGCUGCUGACUUCAUCGCCAGACUCUGCCAUGUGCCACUUUCAGGUCUCCUUACACUGUUGGUGGGUUCCAUUUUGUGAUAGGGUGCUGUAUGGCCUUCCAUUGCUGCUGCAUCCACCGCCACCCUGCGCCAUGUGUCUC